ACCUUUAUUAGGAAGAGAACUGAUCAUGAUGUGGGAAACAAAGGCAGAAGAAAACAUACUAAUAUCCUUAUACCUACAGGUCAUUGACAUAUCCUUGAAACAGGCAGAGUGACAUUCCUCCAAGGACUCAACUGCCAUGAUGUUAAUAGGUUGCUAAUGGGAAAAGACAAUCUUGACCUGAACUCCCCAACCCCCACCAGGAUCCUAUCCCUCGUGAGGACGAAAUCUAGAGGUGGAGGCGAAAGCAAUAAUGGCCAGUUCUCAGGGACAGCUGACCUUCAGGGAUGUGGCCGUAGAAUUCUCUGAGGAGGAGUGGGGACGCCUGACCCACACUCAGCGGCAACUGUACAGGGAUGUGAUGUUGGAGAACUACGGACACCUCCUCUUCUUGGGUCUCACGGUGUCAAAGCCACACCUGAUCAUGUUUUUGGAGCAACAGAAGCGGCUCUGGGAUGGGAAGAGAAAGGAGACCGAAGGCUUCCAUCCAGGGAUUCUCCUUCAGCUCCAGUGA